CCCAGGCACGUGUGAAUGGCCGGAGGACGCGGGUCGAGGAUGAAGGGCGCGCGAGGCGCCGGCUUUCUCCUUUGAAGGACUUCGGAUCGCCGCUCUUGGCCGCGCUGGAGCGCUGAAUCGCGGCCGCCCAGAGGCGCGGGUGAAGGGCACCUGUCGGUCCUUUCCCUCCCCCCGGACGCCCGCCUUCCUUUCGGAUCCCCCCACCCCCUGCGUCCGAGAUGGCGGCCAUCCAAGCCCUCCAGCAGUGGUGUAAGAAGCAGUGCGAAGGCUACAAGGACGUCCACAUCACCAACAUGACCACCUCCUUCCGCGACGGCUUGGCCUUCUGCGCGAUCCUGCACCGCCACAGGCCGGAUCUGAUCAACUUCAACGCUCUGAGCAAAGAAAACGUCUUUGAAAACAACCAGUUGGCUUUCCAAAUGGCGGAGAAGGAAUUGGGGAUCCCAGCCCUGCUGGACGCGGAGGACAUGGUGGCCCUCAAAGUCCCGGACAGACUGAGCAUCCUCACCUACGUAUCGCAGUAUUACAACUACUUCCAUGGCCGGUCUCCCAUUGGAGGGAUGUCUGGAGUGAAACGCCCCUCGUCCAGCCCCGCUGAGGAGCCAAAGGAGAAGAAGGUUGUUUCGGAACCAGCUGUCCCGGCUCCAGCUAAGCCCCCACGAAUCCACGUGCCCCCUGAACCCAAGACAAACCUGGCCCCACAGGAACGAAAUCUGGUGAAAGAGAACCCUCCGGCGACUGGGAGACGGAUUUUGGUGGAGACCAGCAACACACGGAGCAGCGACUGCGCUGUCUGUGGCGCCCACGUGCACCUGGUGCAGCGCCACCUGGUGGAUGGGAAGCUCUAUCACAGGAACUGCUUCAGGUGCAAACAGUGCUCCAACACACUGACCUCGGGGGCCUACAAAGCUGGGACUGAGCCAGGUACGCUCAUCUGCACCAGACACGAAGAGCCGAACCACCUCCAUGUUUUCCCAUCUUCGAGGGACAUUGGUGGACAAAAUAAGCUUACUGGUACCACGUCAACAUCCGGGAUCCAUUUGAAAGGACUGGAAUCUAAGAAGCCGACACAGGAGCCCUUGAAGACAAAUCCGGUGCUCCGGAACAGCAGCCUUGCCAAGCCAUGGGAACCUUCCUAUCUGGGAACAAAUAAAUCUGGCUCUGUUUCCACCAGCCCUAUUACACGUCGCACCGAUCCCGUUGGGGGUAAAACGGACCGUCCUGAAGCUGGCGUUGCACCGGCCACUUCUCAUUGGACAGCGUCAUCUGCCAAGACGCAACAGGCCCGGGAAAUUUUUUUCCAGCCUGGUCUAGGGUCUUCCGGACUCCCUGCAAACAAAGUGGAACCGGUUAAAAACCACGUCUCUCCUUUUAAGGCUCCUGAAGCAGCCGGAAAGACAUCGUCUCCGGGAGUCAGCGCGCCGGGGGUGAAUUCGGGCAACAGCGAGAAGGACAGAGCACGGAACAUUCUGAUGCACGCGUUACCUGGGCCUUCGACACCUGGGCGAAGAGGUUCUCCUAAAGCUCAGCCUAGAUUGUUGGGGGUCCGUGGGUCAUCGCCCACUACCUCUGGCUUCCAACGGCUGGAGCCGAAGGAUGUCCCCAACGUCUCGAAGCCCACCAGUGGGCCGGGCAGCUCGGAAAAACCAGGGCAAGCACCGCCAAGGACCGCGGCCCCCAAUUCGCCCAAGGACCCUCGCCACAUCGUGGGAACGGCCGCCCAGAACCCAGCCAAGGACCCCCCCGUUAGCAGACCCGCCGAAGCUAGACUUAAAGUGGAUGUGAAGGUCUCGAAAGCAGGUGGCCCGGGUGUUACGGAAGAGAAGUCGGAGAGCCCAGCGGACUGGCGGUCGAGGCUGAAGCCGGUGGGCACCAAAUUCCCCCACCAAGGAGAUGCCAGAAAUGCUCCGAAGCCCGCAGAAGUCCACAAAUCGGUUAUCAACAUCACUCCCAGCUCGGCACCCAAAGAAACGAAGCCGGCUUUUCCCAAAGUCUCCCUGAUGGUUCAAGAGCCUGCACCAGCAGCUGAUCAGCCGCAGAAGAAGAGACUGUUGGUGUCCAGCCUCGAUAUCACCAGCGGCUGGCAGAAGCCGAGGCCGCAGGGGGAAGAUGCUCCGGCCCUCCGGAAGGUGGAGGAGCCGGGGUGGCCAAAGAAAGCCAUUGCGUCUGUUCAACCUUCAGCUCCUGAACCCUUCAAGAAGCGUCUAAGCAGUCCUGCGGUGUCUCCAUCCAAGCUCUCCUCGGACUACAUCCCCGAGAAAGAAAUCCAGAAGGAAGUCCAGCAGAUCGAGAGAGAUUUGGAUGAGCUGGAAUUGAAGGGGGUUGACAUGGAGAAGCAGCUGAGGAAAUGCGAGGGAGAUGACCGCGAGGACGCGCUGAUGGUGGAGUGGUUCAAGCUGAUCCACGAGAAGCAGCUGUUGCUGAGGCGGGAGUCGGAGCUGAUGUACAGGUCAAGACAACAGAAACUAGAGGAGAAGCAGUGGAACAUCGAGACCGAGCUCCGGAACCUCAUGAAUAAACCCGAAUCCCUGAAGACCCCCAAGGACAAAGCCCAAGAGGAAGAGCUGCUUAAAUCUUAUCUGGCCAUCAUCGACGGUCGGAACGAGAUUGUAGAGAACUUGGACGAGGACCGGAUCAGGGAGCUGGAGGAGGACAAAGAGAUGGCUGCCCUGAUCCGGAAACUCGAUGUGUCCCGUAGCAACCAGGAAGGUGAAAAGAAAAAAGUCAAGUUCGGCUUGUUCAAACUAUUGCAACUGAAAAUCAAGAGCUAGGACUCGCGAGUGACGCACGACCUCAGCGCUCGUAUCCGUGGGGGCCAAGGGAUAGUUUUUGCUGCCGUUUGCUCAUGUGGACUCCACAAUGGGAAAGACUGAGGCCUGUUUUCCAGGACAGUCAAAACCUA